CAAUAAACGAGUGAUGUUCGUGUUCAUCUUCACUUCAAGUAACAUUGCAGACUCAUUCCUUUAGAUCCAUCUCCAACAUGCAUCUGUUUAUUCUCAUCAUCGGGCUUGUGCUUUUUCCACAAGCUUACACUCUGAACUGUUAUCUAUGUGCUGGUGGCUCAACUUGCACUCAAAUGCAAUGCCCAAGUGAAAAAAAUCAAUGUGGAGCAAUUAGAAUGAUCACAUAUAACGGAAAUUCAAAGACUUUGGAUAACACAAGCAAAUCCUGUUUUACCACUCAGGAGUGUAUUAAGGGCUCCAUAAACUUUGGAGUAUCCAGAAAUGUUUUUACCAGUGAUUGCUGCAAUUCAGACCUCUGCAACGACAAAAUGAUUCCAGAGCCACAGAAACCUAAACCCAAUGGAAAGAAGUGCUACCGCUGUGAUGGGAAUGCAGACUGCAGCGGAACUCUAAACUGUGACGGGGAUGAGGACCAGUGCAUCAAAGCAUCAGUGACAUUAGAGGGGAAAACCCACACCAUGAAGGGCUGUGCUACCAAGAGCAUGUGUGGGUCCAGCAGCAUGAGCAUCCCAGGCCUCAGCGGCUCAGUCAGCUGCUGUGAGGGAAACUACUGUAAUGGUGCCAAAGGUGUAAGUGCAAACAUCCUGGUGCUGGCCACAAUGCUAAUGUCAAUCUAUUUUCUUUCUAAUUAAUUAAGCCAAUUAAGCCAGUUAAGCCAAUCGCAUGUCAUUGUAGUGUGUGAUAUGUUCUGUCUUCUGGAGCGUUUUCUUCACUGCAACAAUAGCAGCUGCAUGUUUAAACAAGCAGUGAUCUAAUUGUGUUAUUAAAUACCCUUUAUGCUUUGUCAUGUCUUUGUAGUAAAUAAGUGAUACUGUUACUACUCAUAACCCUUAUAAUGUAAGCUAUUUCACAAGAGCUGAAUAAAGAUGCACAUGUGUGG